GUUUUAAGGAUAAAAUAAUGGUCUAAUUUCAGAAUGUUGGCUCACCAAAUUUUGAUUCUAAUACUUUUUAUAAAUCGGUCGAACUGUCUUGAAUUUACUGUUGGAGCAUUACUAAGUGAUGAAAAAGUUAUAUCUGCUUUUAAAAGAAUGGUCUCAUCAGUUAGAGAUAGCGUAUAUGAUGAAACAGUUACCUUCAGAGCCGCCGGAGAGGUUCUUGCUUUGAAUGCCCUCAAGGCAACAAACCAGGUCUGCAACUUGUUCAAUACUUCAGAAGGACGAAUAUUUGCGCUAAUAAUCUCUCAUCCUAAUGGAGCACCUGGAUCUGCACCUUUGUCUGUAUCGUUUACGUGUGCGUUUUAUCAUUUGCCAGUUAUUGGAGUCAGUGCAAGGCACUCAAUUUUCAGUGACAAGUACAGUCAUGGCAGCUUUCUUCGCACUGUUCCACCAUUCAGCAAUGAAGCUGCUAUUUGGGUAGAUCUAAUAAAAGCAUUUGGCUGGCGUGAAGUUUGUGUGAUCCAUUCGGAUGACCACGAUGCUAAGAAGGUGUUAUCUUACUUGGAGGCCUCUUCUCAGAGAGGAAUAGAGUUCAAGAUUACCCGACAAGUUCCAAUCAAUACAGAUGAAGAAGAUGCUGCUCAAAUGAAGGAUUUUAUAAGCCUUUUGCAACCAGUUAAAAACGAGCAAACAAGAGUUAUUUUACUGUUUUUACGCCGAAAGUUUGCAGAGUAUGUGUUUUUAGCUGCACGUAAAUUGGGCAUGUUGGAAGCUGAAUGGGCGUGGAUCGUUACGGAACAAGCUUUAGACGCUUCAAAUAUACCAAAUGGUGUGAUUGGUGUCCGGUUACUUCAAGUUACCGAACUAGAUCACGUUGCUGAUGCAGUCAGAAUCGCAACUCAAAGUAUUCUUCAUUUAGUUCGCACUGAUUAUGAGGCUAUGAAACAUCUUCAUUCAGUUAAAGCAUGCAGUGAUAAUCCUUCAGAAAUUCAAUCAAAAUCAAAGAUGCGUGGUGGAUCGACUUAUAUGUGGAAAGAUUACUCAGCUAAACUUUUUCGAGACAUGCUAGCAAUGAAUUUAACUGAUGGUCGAACUGGUCAUUUAGAAUUUAAUGAAUAUGGUGAUCGUAUUAAACCAAUUUAUGACAUAGUAAAUGCUCAAAUAAUUAAUCAAGAUAUGAAUAAUUUAUCUUCACAAAAAUCAUUUGAAUUUGAAAGGCCAACAUUAGUGUCUGUGGGAAGUUACGGAGUACCUCAGCCAACUCCUCUGGAAUGGUUAUCUGAUGAACCUCAUCCUGCUUUAUUAUCAAUCAAUUUAAGUAAAUUAAUUUGGCCAGGUAAUAGUAUUGUGAAACGCCAACAAUUGGUGUGUAUACAACGUGCUAGUGAUGGAAAGUGUCAAAAAACUGAAAAACGACUAGUACAUGCAGCACCAAUUAGUUUUAAGAAGAAAACACAUUUGAAAGUUGUAACUAUUCAAAGUGUGCCAUUUGUAUUUACUCGUCCAAAGUUAAAUAAUAAAUGUAAUGAAUCUGAUGAUCCGCUAGUUUUUAAAACGGAAAUUGAAUGUACUCAUACUGACCCAACUACUGGUGUCAAGAAGCAUUAUUGUUGCUAUGGUUACUGCGUUGAUCUUCUUCGUUUAUUGGCCAAUAGAACUGGACUGGAAUUAACCUCUACGCCAUUCACAUAUGAUUUACAUCUAGUUGGCGAUGGACAAAUAGGUGAUGUUGAUGAAAAUGAAACACAUAAAUGGACUGGUAUUAUCGGGGAAAUUUUAUCUGGUACAGCUGAUUUAGCUGUUGCACCAGUAUCUAUUACACCAGAAAGAGCUGCACGAGUUGAAUUUACAAAGCCAUUUAAAUAUUUAGGUAUAACUAUUCUAGUGAAACGAGAACGUGCUCGAUCUAAUCUUGGCUCAUUCCUUCAACCAUUCGAAAGUUCACUUUGGGUUCUUGUAGCCUUAUCUGUACAUGUUGUCGCUUUUGUAUUAUAUUUACUUGAUCGCUUUUCACCAUUCGGUCGAACAACCUCUGAUUUUGAUUUAUCUGUCGAUGGAAGUGGUAGUCAUUCAACUUUACGUCAAUUUGACAAUGAAAAACAAAAUGCUGACAAAAACACACUUAUUCCAAAUGAUCUACAACAACAACAACAACAAAAAGAAGAUGAAGAGGGUAUGAAUUUAAGCAGUGCAGUUUACUUUGCUUGGGCUGUAUUAUUAAACUCUGGUAUUGGUGAAGGUACUCCACGUUCGUUUAGUGCUCGGGUUCUGGGAAUGGUCUGGGCCGGUUUUGCAAUGAUAAUAGUAGCUAGUUAUACAGCUAAUUUAGCUGCAUUUCUUGUUUUGGAUAGACCUGAAGCAUCUAUUUCUGGAAUUGAUGAUGUUCGACUUCGUAAUCCACAAAAAGAUUUCCUUUUUGCAACAAUUCGUGGUAGUCCUGUGGAAAUGUAUUUUAAACGACAAGUUGAAUACGCCACAAUGUAUCGUGUAAUGGAAACGAACAAUUAUGAUUCAGUAGAAGAAGCAAUACAAGCUAUUAAAUCAGGUUCACUUAAAGCUUUUAUAUGGGAUUCGGCAAGAUUAAAUUAUGAAGUUUCCAUUGAUUGUGAAUUGAUUACCACUGGUGACGUGUUUGGUCGUAAUAGUUAUGGCUUAGUAAUGAAAAAAAAUAAUCCAUGGUUACAUGAAUUAUCACAAGCAGUGUUAAAUUUUCAUGAAAGAGGCAUCAUGGAAACAUUAGACACAAAAUGGAUUCAUAUCAAAUCCAAUAACUGUGAACGAACUGAAUCAAGUCCAGCUACUUUAGGUUUAACCAAUAUGGCUGGUGUAUUUAUCAUGAUUGGUAUGGGCUUGGCAGCUGGAGCUAUUCUGACAUUUGUUGAAGUGUUGUGUGCAAAACGUAAAUGUGAACAGAAGAAAAAACAUGAACUAUCCAGUGCAGCCGUACAACAGUGGCGUGAUGCUGUGCAGAAACGUCAAAACGACAGAUAUUUUCUGAACACUGUGGAUCACAAUACAAAAAUAUUCCUUGAUGAUGUCAUUCACCAUUCAGCUGUUGAUGAUAAAAAUCAUUUAAACUCAUCUACUGCUUACUUGACUAACAAGAAAAGUAAACAAUCGAAUAAUACGAAACUUAAUCAUUCGGGGAAUAUAAAAGAAGGAAAAUACUCAAUGAUAGAAGAUGAUUUAUUGUCAACUAAAGGUCGAAUAAAUCGUAAACGUAAAGCCAGCGAUUACAGCAAUGAUAAUAAUGGUGACAAUGAUAUGUUAGACAAUUCAUUGUCUUUUAUUAUUCCAACUCCAGAAACUAAUUUAAAACUAACAGGCGAAAAUUAUAGUGUUACUACUUAUCGUUGUGAUCGAGAUGACAAAUUUGAGAAUAGCGAUCCAGAUGAGUUGGAACAGGAUGAAGAAGAAGAAGAGGAGGAGUUAGGACAGGUAAGUCAUGAAGAAGGAGUAGGAGGAGAAGGAGAGUUUACUAAACUGACACAUCGUUCCGGUACUUUUACUACUUGUAGUAGUAAUAAUAUUGUUUCAGCUGUCUAACAUUUUAGUGGACAAAAUCGAUAAAAGCUAUAGCAGAAUAAAUGGUCAGUGAUUUGAAUCCAAGAAGCUAUUCUAUGCAUUAACAUAUUCUCUUGCUUUAAACAGCAUUAUUGUCAGUAUCAUGUAAUAAAUGUUCAAAGUAAUCACUUCUAUAGAGUUUGAUGCACAUUAAUCAUUCCAGUGAUUAUUUGAUGUUGUUGUCUUUCAAGUGUUUGGUUGCUUUUAAAACACACUCUACAGAUUUCUCAAUACAAAUAUCUACUGUCACUCUAGAAUUAUUGUUUAUCUAUGUUAUUGUAGUUAAAUUUGAAAAAAAAAACUAAAUAAUUUUACUAGCGUUCAAUUUAUUUAGAAAAUUACAAUGCUACUUUAAUUACAGUUUCCAUGUGUUUUGUCUUAGUGCAUAUUCUAGAAAUUUAUAUAUAGCCAUAUGACGUUUGAAAUUCAUAUGCUUUGUAUUCUCUUUAACUUGGCUUUUUCAUUACUUCUAAAGAUGGCAACAUUUGUUCACACUUGUUUCUCUCUGAUUUUAAUCGUUUUCUGAAAAUUAACAUGAUUAACUUG